CAUCCUUUUUGUCUUUAUAUUCUUUUGCACAUCUUAGCUUUUUGGCAUCGAAAACUCUCGCUCACCCCUCCCACUCCUUGCGUUUUCCCCUGAAACCAAGAAACCAGGACAGCGCGGCGCGCGACGGGUUAACGCGCACUCGCGCUCGUGAUUGGCUGCGGGAGCGGCGCUUUUAGAGAGAGGUAACCAGGCAACUUCAGCUGGAGCAGCGGAGAGAAAGAACAGGGUAAAGGGGAAAAGAAGCGCAAAAAUCCCAUCAGUUUUGGUGUGCGAUAGAAAGGAUGUAGUCCAGGUCUGUGGCUGUCUGUCCCCGGCAUGGGAAAGUGGAUUACUGCUCUUCUACAGACGGUAGAGACUGGAUACGGAGUGAUUGCGCGUGGAUUUUUAUCAUGAGAAGUAUGGAAUCUGAACGCACCACUUUAAAGCCCUUGCUGGGAGUGAAUGCGAUGCCGUGUCGAGGCUAGAGGCAGCGGUGGACUGUUCCAGAGUCAGUGGAAAGCCCCUCUAGAUGAGCCAGUCACAGCCACCCAGCUGCACGGUAAAGGAAUAAGGAUUUAAUAUGUCAACAGAGGCCGAACUCCAGCCUGCUGCCAGACCCAGCGUCAGAAAGGACUCCAAGAAGAGAGGGCAGGACCGCAGUGAAGCAGCUCUGAUAAAGCGUUUUAAGGGAGAUGGCGUUCGUUACAAGGCUAAGCUCAUCGGGAUAGAUGAGGUCACUGCCGCUAGAGGAGACAAACUCUGUCAGGACUCAAUGAUGAAACUCAAGGGAAUCGCAGCCUCAGCGCGGUCUAAAGGAGAACACAAACAGAAAGUUUUUCUGACUGUGUCCUUUGGAGGGAUCAAGAUCUUCGAUGAGAAGUCGGGGGUACUUCAGCACCAUCAUGCAGUUCAUGAGAUUUCCUACAUCGCGAAGGAUAUCACGGACCACAGAGCCUUUGGAUAUGUAUGCGGGAAAGAGGGAAACCAUCGGUUUGUGGCCAUCAAAACGGCUCAGUCUGCUGAGCCGGUGAUCCUCGACCUCCGCGACCUUUUCCAGUUGAUUUAUGAGAUUAAGCAGAGGGAGGAGAUCGAGAAGAAAGCUCAGAAAGACAAACAGUGCGAACAAGCUGUUUAUCAGACCAUUCUGGAGGAAGACGUGGAGGAUCCCGUGUAUCAGUACAUUGUAUUUGAGGCCGGACACGAGCCCAUCCGUGACCAAUCAGAGGAGAGCAUAUAUCAGGUCCCUACCAGCCAACAAAAGGAGGGAGUUUAUGACGUCCCAAAGCGACAUCCAAACAAACAAAUCCAACAGCUCGAUCUCUUGGAUCUAGACACUGACGUGUUGCUGCUCACCCAGAAUAUCAACCAGUUAGAGCUUUUUGGAGACAUGUCCACCCCUCCAGAUAUCACAUCGCCCUCGACUCCAGCAUCUCCGGCUAACACUCUGGACCCCUCGCUGGCCCACCAGACCCCAUCCGAACUGUUCACCCCCUUCAACCCCGCCUCUGUACCCUCAGGUUAUGUGACGAUGGGAGCCGUGCCACCUGCGUGGGCGCAGCAACAGUUUGCUGCUCAGGCUCCAUUAGCGUUUGGCGUCCAAUCCCCAGUGCAAGUUGCGCAGGUCUUACCAGGCACUCAGCCUCUAAUAUGGGGUCAAGCCAACCUUUUCCCUGCCACCCAGCAGCAGUGGGCUGCAAUGGCUGGGGCUCACUUUUCUCCUGCCGCUUUCAUGCCUGCCCAGACAGUAGGGCCACUUCCUGCUGCCAUGUUUCAGACACUGGCUCCAAUGGCAGUGCCAGCGUCCUGCGAGACGCCCACGGCGGCCAUGGGUGGAGCCGUGGCAGGAACCUCUGCCUCCACGGCCUCCAGUCCGCAGCAUGGAGAGCGCACACUGCAGAGACAAGCAAAGAUGAGCAAGGAGAUGUUUAAGGAAUUCCAGAUGGCAAAGCCACCGGCCAUGCCUGCCAGAAAGGGCGAGCAGCCUAGCCUAUCCUGCACCACAGACGCUUUCACCAGCUACUUCAGCAGAGUGGGAAUGGCGCAAGACACGGAUGACUGUGACGACUUCGAUAUCUCGCAGAUGAACCUCACGCCCGUCACCUCCACCACACCCUCCACCAACUCACCACCCACCCCGGCCCCUCGGCAGAGUUCUCCAUCAAAGUCCUCGUCCCACGCCAGUGACCCUCCCACCGAUGACUCUUUUGGUGAAGCAGAGGGCAGCCCUAGUCGGAGUGGAGAGGAGGAUGCUGCUGGAGACUGUCAGCAGUCUCCGGGUGCGAGUGAGCCUCAAGCAGAGCCUGAGAGCUCAGAGACGGACAGUCCUCAGGUCGGUAGCUAGAUAGCGGCAGGUCGGGGGGAAGGACCCUCUUUAUGCCCGGAUCAACAAGGGGAAGAAGUGAAGCAUCAUGGGAACUCUGCACAGACGUGAUCAGCGCUGGGGGGAGCAGGAGACCAAAAACACUGGAGAUCUGUAUGUGUGUGUGUGUGUGCGUGUGGGUGUGUGCGUGUGUGUCACUCCAGCCUCAACGGUCCACUUCUCUAGAGUCGCCCGUCCCCCAUCACCACGUCCUCCGCCACUCUCUCCACGACACUUUCUUUCGCACUGUGUUCAAUGCACAUGACAGCGGGGCAUUGUGGGGGAUUUCGACCCUUCAGCACCCCUCAUAGCCUUAUGAGCCCAGCUCUGCCGCUUCAUCCAUUCUCACCGUUUCCUACUUCCAGUUUCGGACUCUGUAUAGAGGAAACUCUGCCCUGCCGGAUCCAUCUGUGACUUCUUCAUCCAUUUUUUUGGGUUGGUUUGGUUUUUCCUCUCCUGCGUAUUUGAGAUUCUGCUGCUUGAAAGCUAUGCGGAGCUAAAAAAAAAAAAACGAAAACAAUAUUUUGACGAGGAGGAGCGACUUUUGCCAAAAUCUCAAGAUUUCGGAGCAGCUGAAUCUGACUGGGGGUCUCGAGGGUACGGACGUUUGCAAAAACGUGUGAUCAAACUGUUCCUUCUCUAUAGCUUUUGUACAAUACUAAUGAGAAAAAAAAAAAAAAACACAAAAAAACAUGAUGUUGAAAUGGAAUUUUUAUUUUAUAAGUCAAGUGGAGCCCUUGAAGUCAACUUUAGAUGUGUUUUAGGGGUAAACAUGGCUUUAAAAAUCUGACCGUUGGUUUGCCAAACUCAUUUUGUAAAUAUUAAUAAUAAUUAUUAUCAUUGAUAAUAAUAAUAAUGACGAUGAUGACGACAAAUAAUAACGAUGAUGAUGAUGAUGAUGAUGAUGAUUAUAACAGUGUUCAUUCCAUCCCGUGGACUUCCGUGCCAUAAAAUAGGCUGGCCUUAGUGAUGCAAACUCCUCAUGAAAACCCAAGCAAUAUGAUCAUGUGACGCAAAAUCCCAAGCGGUUGCUUUUUUCGUUUUUAUUUAAGCAGGAUGUCGAGACUAGCCUGAAAACAACCUGAGAGACUGUUAUAAUGAUUUUAUUUUCAGUGGCUUCAGUGAUAAGUAGAUGGUGUUAUGUUUGUGUGAUCUCUUUCGUUGUGAAGAUGAAGCUGGUUACUGUGAUGAAAGAUGAACGGAGCUUCUUUGAAUGUGUAUGUUUAAUGCAGCGAUCACACAUCCGCAUGUGCACCAACGCACAUGCAUACACAUGCUUAUAAAGACCUUAAAGUCAACAUGAUGUCAAAAUGCACCCUUUUUCAUUUUAUAAUACCAUUCUGCACAUUUUUUCAGUGCUUGUUACUCCAAAGAGAAAAACUUCUUAUGGUUUCAUCCAACUUCCUUUUUGACUGACAGUACCAAAACUCAAACAAAAGUCUUUUUAAAGGGGUUAUGAGUUGAGAAAUCUGCAUAUAAGGGGUCAUUGUGCUAGACAUUCUGUAAGCAGGGUUGCCAGGUCCAAGAAUAUUUCUCAGCCCAAUGACAAUUCAAAACCCGCCCAAAAAGAACAAAAAGGUAUCCAAUUUUCCCUCCUGCCCAAUCAGAGUGCGAGUCAUUCAGGGGGGCUAAUAAUUCUGACUUCAGCUGUAUGUCUUUGGGUGUGGUAACCAUAGUAUAAGCAGAAUAAUUUACUCCAGUUUGUUGAAUUAUUGCAAAAAAAAUGCCUACCUGAGGUGUAAGGUGCAUCACCACCUUGAGUGUGAGUUUAUUCCUUACAUGCAAAAAAGAUCAAAUCACAAGCAGAUGAGGGAGAUAUUCCCAUUUACUGUUCGUGUUUUAAUCCGCCUCUUUGUUAAAUCACUUUCCUGAUUUAAAUGAAGGUAGCGUCUUUGGUCAAGUGCAUGCAUGGCCUUUGUCUGAUAUUUUGUUGUAAAAUAAGCACAUACACUACCUGACAAAAGUCUUGUCGUCAAUCCUAGUUGUAAAAGCAUCAAAUAAUUUGACUUCUAGUUGAUCAUUGCUGCCCAUGACAUUACAAACUACAGGAGAGGGCAAAUUGUUCAGCAGGAUAGCGCUCCUUCUCAUACUUCAGCCUCGGCAUCAAAGUUCCUGAAAGCAAAGAAGGUAAAGGUACUCCAGGAUUGGCCUGCCCAGUCACCAGACAUGAACAUUAUUGAGCAUGUCUGGGGUAAGAUGGAGGAGGCAUUAAAGAUGAAUCCAAAGAGUCUUGAUGAACUCUGGGAGUCCUGCAAGAUCGCUUUUUUUGGCAUUCCAGAUGACUUCAUUAAUAAGUGAUUUGAGUCAUUGCAGAGAUGUAUGGAUGCAGUCCUCCAAGCUCAUGAUGGAGUCAGACACUAUAUUCAUAAUUUUUCCACUGCACCAUGACUUUAUAUUUUAUACUGUACAUUAUUUCUGUUAAGUGACAAGACUUUUGUCUUAGCAAAGUCAGGCUUUACUGUCCUAAUUAAAUAAUUCAAAAUCAAGACAUGAUCAUAUUUAAUAUUUUAAAAUAAGUGUAAUCUAGAGGGCUUUGUCUUUCAAAUAAGCCACUUCUGAUGCCAAAUGAUCAACUAGAAGUCUGGUUAUUAUUUGUCGCUCCUAAAACUUGGAUCGGUGACAAGACUUUUGUCAUGUAGUGUACAAUUUGAAUAUGAAAAUGAAAGGAGACGGAGAAAAUGUAUGGACAGUAGGAGCUAUAAAAACUACACUGGGUUGUGUUCAAAUGUUAGGUGGUUGAAGACAUAUGACCACAUGAGUGUCUACACUAUGAAGGAAAUGAGGGUUUAACUACCUUUGUAAGUGGUCAAAGCUGGCAAACUCAAAAUGUUUCCGAUCCCAUUUAUACCAGUAUUCAGCAUCAUCUACUUGACAAAAUUGCAUCUUAAUACAUGUUAUCAGGACCAAAGAGAGGUUCAAAUAUAGGAUGGAAAUAUGGCCUAUUCCUUCUAAAUUACAGUGUUUCUGAAGUAGGCCUCAGAGAAUAUCAUAAACGUCGCAGUUCAUGACUCCUUUAAAAUCCUGACAAUAAUUGAAUGCUAAAACCUACUGGCUCAGAUUUCAAAUGUAAUACCCACGUUUCACAAUUUAGCCAAAUCCCAAAGCAAAAGCAUAUUUUUGCUCAUAAAUACAAUGUAUUAUAAAUAAAUUGAGUUCAUUUCAUGUUGACUUUAGGGCCAUCUGAUCACAUUAAAACAUCCAAUCAUAGAAAACCUCCAUAAAGGACGUCUGUCUUCACGAAGCUCAGAGCUUUCCAUUACUGUGACGAUGAAUCCCUCCUAUUUUAUGGCCAGAGUCCCGAUUUAAUUUCUAAUAAAAGCGGUUUUGGACCUGCGAGAUCUAAAUUUCGAGGAUUAAAAGGACGAGGGUGAAAAUCAAGGUGAAUGGGAGUCCUUGAGAUUUCAGUGCGUUUCUAUUUUGCCUUUACCUCAGCUAAUGGUUUGGUAAUGUGAAAGGACACGUUAUUUUUUAUCUUGAUGAUAAUGACAUUCUACAGUGAAUUUUUAGAGCUUUUUUUUUUGGUUUGUUUGUUUGUUUGUUUUCUCUUGAUUUAUGUAACCCACCAUGUAAUACUGUUACCAAUAAACACAUCCCAAAAUGUU